AUGUGGAAUAUCUCAUGGGACUAUAUUACGGUGGACGUACUUAACGACUUCGCCAAAGUCGCUAGGCAACAACCCCGCAACCUAUUUCAUGCAAUGAUGCAAUGGUAUCAAGCUGAAAGUGGCAUCGUACCCAAUCCGACAACGUACGCUAUUAUGGAGCGAUGUUCAGAAAAGGUGUGGACGCAUUACGAAGCUUCGGAUACCGAAACAUCAGGCAUGAUCCAUUAUUACGGCGUCAUGGCGUUGACAGCGAUGAAACGACCGAUCAUUGGCAUGAAAACUCCCAAAGUAGCCGCGUCGAAUCGAUUCUUUCGAAAAUUUCAAGAUCAUCGGUUCCUGGAGCUGAAGCUUAACAAGGGGUCACAUACAUCACUCAUUCCCGCACACAGAGAAUACUUCUUGAAACCCUUUUUAUUCAUGGGCCGAACUUACCAAUUUUUGUUCGUAAAAGACGACCGGAUCGUUUUAUUCGCGACAGAAGGCCCGGGAUUGGAGACACUCAGCAUCCGGCAAGUGGUUGAUUGGCAUUUGCCCAUCACCGAGAACAGCAACAUGUCAAUAUCGAAAUAUGCAAGUCGCAUGCUAUUGGGUUACAGUAACAGUAUGCCGACGUUGGUGUUCAAGCCGGAAGAAAUACAGUACAUCGACGACGUGCACGCUGAUGCCACUGGUGGCGAUGAAACGUGUCUCACAGACGGAUCUGGAAUCAUAUCAUGUACUGCCAUGCAAAGUAUUGUGGAGCUGUAUCGGUACAAGGACAAGCUGCCAUGUGUUAUUCAAGGGCGUAUUGGUGGUGCCAAAGGCGUGUGGAUUUUAUCUCCUGAUAUGGAUUUUUCUUCCGGCCACUGGAUCAAAAUUCGCUCCUCCCAAAGCAAAUUUAAGACCGGGUUUCUUCAAAAGGAUGGCAAUAUUGACCCGAUCCAUUACACAUUUGAUCUUGUCAAAGAAUCUAUAUGUAUCUAUCCUUCCAAUCUAAAUACGCAAUUCAUUCAAUGUCUUUCGGCGGGUGGUGUGCCGACGAGUGUUUUUAUCGAACUGCUGAACGAGUGUCUGGAUCGCGUUCUCUCCGUGGUGACCGAGAACAACAAUAUCAAGCUUCUUCGUGAUUGGGUCGGCAGAGCAGGCAACAUCAUGCAUGCACGAUGGGAAAUGGAAACGGUCGAUAAAGAAGGUGGCUCAUGGAAAGACCAUCACUCCGUAGACGACGACCACAGUAGCGGCGUUGCAAAUGAAGAUGGCGUGGAAUCUUCUCGGAAAGCCUCGGACUACUGGAAAAUCAAUAGCUAUUCGGGAUUGCCCGCUUCCCUACACGAAUCAGUGGUCCGUCUUUUGGAUUCUGGCUUUGAUCUGACGAAUCCGUUUCUCGCCAACAAAAUCACCAACGUGUUCCGUGAUGUCAUGCAGUCAAUUGCCUCCAAGUACCGCAUUGAGGUACAGCAAUCUUGCACGGUUACCUGUAUUCCCGAUCCCACCCACUCUUUAGAACCUGGCCAAGUCUUUCUUCAACUUGCCAACCGGCGUGUGGAUGAACGAACUGGUAUCCGUGCAGGCCUGGUAUUGGGAGAUUUGAUCGUGACUCGCAAUCCCUGUGGACUGAAAAGCGAUAUUCAGAAAGUGAAAGCCGUGGAUUGUCCUGCCUUGCGUGUUUACACGGAUGUCAUUGUCUUUCCUGUCAAAGGUGAAAGAUCGCUUGCAAGUAUGCUAGCGGGCGGUGACUACGAUGGUGAUAUUGUAUUUUGCUGUUGGGAUCCUCGGGUUGUUGAUCCUUUUCAGUCAUCGCCGGUUCCUUCGGAAUUGGAAAAGGUGAAAGUUGCGUUUGAGCAAAACAAGGCAUUGGUGCAUCAAGAAGUGACGUGUCAUACGUCGGAAAAAGAGCAAGAAAAAGCGCUUCAAAGUAAUUUCAUCUCUGUAGCUUUGCCGGAUGGAACGCUGGGAUUGUACGAGAAUUGGCGUACUGUGCUAACCGAGAUCACCUCUUUCGAUAACCCUGACGUGACCUAUCUGGGCCAAAUGUGUGCCAAACUCGUGGACGCCUCCAAACAAGGUUUGACGUUGAAGCCAACGGUGGCCACUCGAGAUCGACAUACUUUUGGUAAAAUUCCUCAUCCGGAAUGGUAUAUCGAGAAAAAGAACAAGCAACGCGAAAAGGAUCUGCGAUCCUACUUUGAUACGAAUCAAGAUACGAUCCCCGUGAAGCGGCCCGCCAGCACGACCAUGGACCAUUUGUAUCAGGUGGUGAUGGAGAAAACCAAGAAUUUUACACGGUACACCAAAAGUAUAUUCAGAGAAGAAGACAUCAACUUCAAAGAUCCUCACCUUGCGGAUCUGUGGAAUGACACCUAUGACAUGGCUCAUCGAACCGGUGAUCGGCUGUUACAGGCGGACCUGCGGGAGAUGGAACAAUUUAUUGAUACGCUGCAUGAAAGAUUUCUGAAAGAUUCACGACAGCUGUGGUUACUGCGGCAAAAGAAAAUGGACAGUCGAUUCGAUCCUGCACGGCCUACGGAACCCUUUCUGGACGAUUACAGUCAAUUCAAUACGGCCUUUGAGCUUGAAGAACAUUAUGCGUGCGAAUUCUCUAAAUUACCCAACGAAAUGGAAUACAAGUCGCCAUUGCUGAUUUUUGACCGACAAGCCAACCGCAGCCAAUUAAUUCAAAUGUUGAAAGCCAGCUACGCCUACAUUCGUACAAUCCACUCCGAGAAAUACGCCAAAUUCGGCUACCUGGUAGCCUAUGAUACCCUCCGACGAAUGAAAGCUGAUGCAUGUGCCAGCAAAAGCACGGGUUUGGGUGAAAGCGUCGCUCCGAAUAUGUACACCACCCUCAGCAUUGACCGGUUCUGGAUCCGAAAGCAUAAGGAGGCACGCACAAGCGAAGACAGCAAACCGCUCGUUCGAUUAUCCGUGAUUCCUGUUACUUCUCCAAACUAG